AUGGGUGGUAACCUCGAAAAUGUAGCUGGCUACGGUCAACUCUCCCUCGGCCAAGCCGUCCACAUCGCGCAGAACAGUGACGGUGGUGUCGACCAGCGUCUUGCACAGUUCCUCGAGAGGCGGUUGGCAGAAGUCUGGGCCAAACUCAACGCUCAACCCGCAUCAUACGUCCUCCCGGCCGACGAAUUUGCCCUACUCAACUACUACCGGCCACGUUUUGGCGAAAACGUAGUUGUGAAAGACGCUACAAAACGGUUUUGGGACAAUCACAAAGCGGAUUGUAAAGCAUUCGAUUCUCGCGCGAUACCUCUAACGACGGCGUUACCGGUCUUUCUUGGCGGCGAACUAAGACGCAGGUGUGAUUCAGGGCCCUACUGCCGCGUCAUGUGCGAUUCAGGGCAGCGACGCUGCACUCGAUUCCUUGGGCUGCGAAAUGAAGAGUUGGCAGCGAGAUUAGAAAGGCGAGAGUCGCCACAACGUUCGACAUGCGACGGCGGACUGCGCCAGCUCCUGUUCAUGUGUUUAAUGCUAAUCGCGGUUCCUCAUUUUACAUCUGCUGUCCUCGUUGCGCCACCGCAAUUACUCUUCCAAAGUCCUGCCUCAAACAUCUCUACCAACGUUGAGUCGUCCCCGCUCGAGUGCCUGCAGGUUGCGCCUCCUAUCGCAAUCCCUUCUGCGGCAUGCCAGCAGACCCUCAUGGUACAUACCUUUGCCUUCUCGUAUGGCCAACCUUUCAUAGGCAGGUAUUCGCCACCGAACUGCGAGUACAACCGUGUGGUCUUCAACUUCACUGUUACGUCUGCGGGACGCCAGUUCGAUCGACUUGCUCUCAUGUUCCUUGACGAUAUCGAGAUCUUCCGUACAUCUACGGCCGAACCGACACAAAAUGGUAUCUUGUGGAGCUUUGCCAAAGACAUGAGUAGCUACCUUGCCGUGUUCAAGCAGCCUCGAAAGAUCAUCUUCGAUCUCGGAAAUCUUGUAGAUAACACGUACACAGGAUCUUGGCACACCACCUUAACGGCGACCUAUUUCAUGACGGAUAGUGUGCUGGAACCCGCGGAUGUUAUUGUCCCGGUAUCUGCGCGCAGAUCUCCCGUGAAUUCGCCGAGCCAAUUUAUCGUACCUGAGUCAAGAGCUGUCAAUGCUUUGACGAUCCCGCAGAAUGCCAGGAAAGCUGUGUUUACAAUUUCAGCCUGCGGUCAGGCCGAGGAGGAGUUCUGGUGGAGCAAUGUGCUGACGUCCGACACGGCUGCGUUUGGCGCUGAAAAUCAGCUCAACGGCCACUCGCCUUUCCGAGAGCUGCAGUUGCUCAUCGAUGUUGGUAUUGAAGAUGACGGCAAUGGCCAUAGCAAACUUGCGUCCUCGAUCGAAUCGAAUUGGAUUGUGACUGGAAAGCUGUUCAUCUGGCUGGACACUAAUAUCAGCGUGAUUACAGGCUCACGCCCUAUAUUACACAGCCCUGACCCAUCCAUCGACAUAUUCUCGAAGACUACGAGGACUGCCAACGAUACCACUGCCUUACUCGAGUACUCUGUUCAAGUAACUCGCUUGAUACACAUAACGUCCACUCUGCAUACCUCAAAAGGUCCCGCAGAAGCCACCUGGAUCCAGCACCUCGCGUACUCUCAUUACGGAACGCUUACAAACAAGGGCAAUGACCAGAACCUUCGCCAGAACACGUCUGGACUCCACACUUCGGCAGGCUCAGCAUAUCGGAAAGAUUUUGCAUAUCCCUUAUGGGUUGCCUCAUCAUACGAUGUCUCCCACGGGAAACUUACAAUCGACGCUACAAUGAGACGAGGUAAGAACGUUGAGCAGAUUGGUGAGCUUGCGCUAUACAAUCAGUGGAAGGCAAUAGCGCCUGAUUCGCUCUUCUGUGGAAGUAAGACGACGAACUGGCAAAACGGCACAGCGUUCUACGCGAGCAUCCCCUCGGAAAGAAGAUCAUACGGUUCUGGCAGCACGGAGCAGCACUAUUCGCUCAGCGGCAUUUGGGACGACGACAUUGCACCAGUACAGCAUGAUCAAGUCUUAUAUCAGCGGGCUUUGGUCGCUGUGAAUGGCUCGAUCUUCGUCGAUAGAGAGAUUCUGGAGGGCGAAAGGAUCGGGAUCGUUGACUAUAAUCCUGCAAAGGAAUCAAUGCAAGACAACAGCAUGGGCGACUUCGCGGCGCAAAAUAUCAGAGCGCUACGGGGCGAAGGCGGGCACUAA